CCCUCGAGAGUACAAUCUUCAUUAGUUUUCUUUCUUCAGAGAUCUCGUCAGCUCCAAUGGCGUCAAAGAAACGGACAGCAGGGGAGAAAGAAGAAACAUAAGGUGAAUCAGCUUAAACCAGGUACGAGCGGUCACACUUUGACCGUUAAGGUCGUGGAUCGGUAUUCAGUUCCUUGUAUCAUUAGACCUGGUCGGAUCGCUGAGUGCCUCGUUGGGGAUGAGACUGCUUCCAUCAUCUUCACCGCUCGCAACGAUCAAGUGGACUUGAUGAAGCCAGGAACUACUGUGAAUCUCCGGAAUACAAAGAUAAAUAUGUUCCAUGGAUUCAUGAGGCUUGCUGUUAACAAAUUUGGUCGCAUCGAGGUCACUGAACCAGCUGACAUAACUGUUAAAGAGGACAACAAUCUAUCCCUUGUGGAGUAUGAGCCCGUCUAUCUCUAGACCCGUGUAUAAUAGCUUAUGUGUCAAUGAGUUUUGGCCAAAUGAAAAAGGGUGACAGAUUAUGUUUUAUCUAAUGAUGUUGCAAGUUUGCUAUUUAUCUACCUGUAGUUUUUUUUUUCUUUUUUUUGUAGCAUCUACCCGUAGGUUUAUUAUCUGUACUUAUUCGUGAACUAGCCAUAUUUCACCAACAAAUUAAGAAUAUGACAUUGAUUUUGACGUUAUUAGAUCUCAUAGCAUUUGUGCAAUUUUUUCCCGGUUUUGUCCUUCUUUUGAACCAGUUGCGAGUCAAAGAAAAAAAAUUGUGACCAGUGGUGAUUAUUGUGGUAUGGUCGCGGCGGUAGUGGUUAUCGGAGCGGUGAUAUUGGAACGGUGGCGGUAACUACGAAGAUGAUUACUACGGCAAGAGUGAUUAAGGAUGAAACAGAGGUUGUCAGUCAUCUUUCAUACAACGAUUAAUAUGACUGCGGUGAUCGGAGAAAAAUAUAAUGUUGUG